UUAAUUAUAUGCCCACCUAUCGCACUAUAGUGCUGUUUUGAUGCAAACGCAUAGUAUAAUGGCAACGCCCUCCAAGAAACGGCCAGAUGUCCCCGCUCACUUGCAGAGCAACUCCAAUGUGCGUUACAUUUCCGAGCUGAAAACCAUCACCCCCAGCACGACGGCCAAAGAUCUCACCGAAGAGCAGAAGCGAGCCUUCAUGGCAAUGAUGCGAAUGGUGCACGACCCCAAGGAGAUAUCGUGGACAAAGCGGAGGGAAAAACUGGAUCGUCAGCAAGCGGCCCGGAUCGAGGCUGCAUCCAAGAAGCGUCAAGAGGAUCAGGUCUCAGAUCAGAAGAUGGAUCAAAAAGCAAUGCGCCGGGAAUCACUGAAAAUGAAAGUCAAGAAAAUGCGAGCCGAGAGAAGGUUCCCUCUGCCGUCGAACGGACCGCGAGGGGAACAAGCCAGGAGGUAUGGCUUCAUUCCGUAUUCACAACGGAAGAAUAACCUAGAGGAUUACGCCAAGAUUUAAAAAUCAGAAGCAGGGUUGUGAUAUGAAUGAUUAGACGACAAGAAUUCACAGUGCAAUUGAUUUUGCAUUCGUAAUACGAAAACAUACCCACC